UUUAUUGCAAAUUCCCUUUUAUUGAGCAUCACGGAACGGCGUCGUGUUAAGCUAUUACUGGCAUUCCUUUUUCCCUUGGGGAAGAAAGUAGAAUAAUUUCGCCGGCUUUGUGCCCUAGUUGAAAUUUUUGUCCGGCGAUGGACCAACUGAGUGAAGAUGAGAAAAAGGCACUUCGUGGUAGCAAAUUCGCACCACUUCCUUCUGCACCCACUUCUUCUCGUACUCAACCCAGGCUGGCUCAUCCAGGAGGACCCAUGAAGACAAAUAAAGCAGCAGCUUUAGCUAAAUUCCUUGACAGGAAAUUGCAGGAUCCUAACGGCUUGUCCUCUCUUGAUCCUCGUCUUAUUGAACUCGCCGUCAAUAACGCUAAACAAACUCUUCAAUCAAGCGGGACAUCAAGUAGAGGAAGAACUGUUCAGCAUGUGGAUUCUUUUGGGGAUUCUGAGGAAUCUGCUGAAGAUGAACUGAUAAAAAUAUCCGUCCCAAAGAAAAGUAAGAAAAACAAAAAGAGGAAGAAGUUGAAGGAUAAACAAGUUGAAGGAUAAACAACACAAGAAAUUGGAGGAGUCUUCAAGUGGAAUGGCCAAAAAACCUAAAAAGAAGCUGAAACGAUGAUCUAAGUGUCUCUUUCAAGUUUUGAUGUGGUUAGACUCUUACAGAUGGCAUGAUAAGAGUCACUAACAUGUUCGAGAUAUUACAGUUGCAAAGCCUAACCGCCACAUUCCUUUGUCUUCUCAAAUUGAACUAAUAUUUCUUGGUUGGCGAGUUGUGCAAUUAUUUCAUUCUUGUACUAGCAUUUUACUUUGUGCUAUGAGUUCUUCGUCAAAGUUAUAAACUGUAAGGACAUUCAUAGUUGAAGUAAAUAUUUCUAGAUGAAAUUGCUCAA